GUCUCCAUCUCUGGUGUUUAUCAAAGGGCUGCAAGUUGUAAGUAAAUUUCAUUUUAUCUACAUUUCUUUUGCCUUUGUUCUCAUCUGUGUCUCCCACCAGAGACUGCCCUCUGCUGUGUGGCCUUGGACAGGUCACAGGCCCUCUGAACCUUGGCUUUCCCCUCUGAAAAGGAGGAUAAUGUUAUUUCCACAUUGUGUGAAGAAACUACUGAACUGGAUUUUCAGAGUUCCUGCCUUGAAAGCCUAUGUUUAAAGUCAUAAAACCCUAAAGACCCUGGGGACAUGGCCACAAUGUGAGAAUUUAGAGGUAAGAGUUGCUGAGCCUCCCCUCUGCCUCCCUUCCCCCUCCCCACCCUAAUUCUGGCCAAAUAACUCCUCUUCAUCCAUCUGGAGCACCUGACUGCACCCGCUGAAACCCCUCAGCCGCCCUGGGAGGUGGCAGGGCAAGGAGGCCAUCCUCAUUCUUGGUCCCAAGGCCCAGCCAUGGCCCUGCCAUGGCCCCACACAGCCCUCCCCACAGACCCAGCUGUUUCUUAGCCCAGCCUGGCCCCUGGGGUUCUGGCUGGGGAAGGGAGAGGGAGGGCACAGCGGGUGUGGUUCUUGCUCCGAAGGGCUUUUCCUCUACUGGGCACCUCGUGAGCGGGGAGUUCUCCCAGUGUAACAUCCUGCAGAAGGUAUCCACCCUCAAGGAUGGUGACUUCGUCUUGACUGAAAGCACCGCCAUCUUGAUUUACUUAAGCUUUAGGUACCAGACGGCAGACCACUGGUACCCAUCUGAACUUUGGGCCCUUUUUCAUGCCCACAAGUACCUGGGCUGGCAUGCUGACUGCAUUCGUGAUACCUUUGGCGUGCCCUUGUGGACCCAGGUGUUGGCACCACUCGUUGGGGUCCAUGUGACUGAGGAGAAGGUGGAGCGCAACAGGGCCGCCACGGACCGGGCACUGCAGUGGCUGGAGGACAAGUUCCUGGGGGGCUGGGCCUUCCUCAACAGCCAGCAGGUGACGCUGGCUGACCUCGUGGUGCCGGAGGAGCUGGUGCAGCCUGUGGCUCUUGGCUGUGACCUAUUUGAGGGACAGCCGAAACUGGCAGCAUGGCGUGACUGAGUAGAGGCUUUCCUGGGUACUGAUCUGUGCCAGGAGACCCAUGGCCCCAUCUUGAACAUCCUAGAGCAGACGGCUAACAAAACAGUCCCGCAGCCUCCACCAGAACUCUCCCCCUAUAUGCUAUUUUAUAUUUCUAGGAUCCCCUGAGGAAUCUGGAAUAGGGACUGAUGGUUGGAGGCCAGGAGAUUAGCAAUAAAGAUUCAUUCUUAGUUU